AUGGCGACACUCGGUACAGUACCUUCAAAUAUCCCGCCAAAUCCCACUGUCUACGUUCGCAACCUCGAAGAAAGGAUCAAGAUCGAUCAACUCAAGGAGGCUCUUCAAGAGAUCUUUUCCGAAUAUGGAAAUAUUAUCGAGAUAGUCGCGAAAAGGAACCUAAAGGCCAAGGGCCAGGCCUUUAUCGUAUUUGACAAUGUCGAGUCAGCGUCUCGGGCUAUUGAUGAGGUCAAUGGAUUCGAACUUUUCGAUAAGCCGAUGGUGCUUGAUUAUGCGAAAACAAGGAGCGACGCUACUGUUAUGCGGGAAGGGGGACCAGAUGAGUUUGAGGUUCAUAAGCGGAGGAGGUUAGCUGAGAAAGAGCGCAGACAAGCCCAGGAAGCCCUCGAGGCCCAAAAGAAACUCAAACGCCCAACCGGCGCCCCUGAUGUCGCUCGUCCAGCAAAGGCCGCCAAGGGAGCUGGUCUCAAACCAAGCACCGGCGCAGCAGCAGCAGUUAUCCCAGAUGAAUAUCUCCCCCCGAACAAGAUCCUGUUCUUGCGGGAUUUGCCCGACAACGCCGAUCAAGAGAGCCUUACUGCCGUCUUUGGCCGUUUCGAGGGGUUCAAGGAAGUCAGAUUGGUACCUGGGCGGAAAGGAAUCGCUUUCGUCGAGUAUGAGAACGAAUCUGGAGCUAUCAGUGCGAAGGAAGCUACGUCCGGAAUGCCUAUGGGAGAUGCUGGGAAGCCUAUUCGGGUUACCUACCAGAGACAGUAA